AUGCGUUCUUGCCCACUGCAGUUUCGCGUCGAAGAGAUAAAGAGAAAAGGAGAAGCGGUUUCAAUUGAGAUCUAUGAGGGGAAAUUGCUGCAACCAAGUUCUAUUCACUCUAUCCACCCUUUUGUUUCUGCCACCUUGGUCGCCUUUGUUCACUUUUGCGCAUAUUAUACUUACACGACGUCCCCCAUCUCCACAUUCAUUUUCAUUGUAACAACCGUAUUUAUUGGGACAUUGGAGUUGAAGCUGGAUAACGGUGACUUGGUCUUGAUGUCACCAUCCCUUAUCACUCCUUGUCUUUGUACUUUCUGUAACUCCUUCCAGUUACUGGAGGGGCGUCACCGUCGGGCUAGAUAA